GCAACUUUAACCUCGCGCUGUACAUUACGCGCUCCUCCAGUCGCUCACUUCAGUGUGUUUGUCGCUCGAGGUGUGAAACAGAAGACCGAGAAUUCUCAAGGAAAAUGGGCCUGUCCGUACUCCUGUGGUGGCUGGGUGGCGUGGCUGUGUGCUCGCCGUGCUUAUCGUGGGCUUCGGGAUCGUGUACCGGCGGAUCGCUGGGGUGUCCGCGUCCAAGACCAGCAUGAAGGGCAAGACGGUUAUCAUCACUGGGGCGUCUGCAGGAAUAGGCAUGGAGGCGGCCAGGGACAUGGCUAGGCGCGGCGCGAGGGUCAUCCUUGCCUGCAGGAACUUGACGAAGGCGGCCGGAGUGGCAGCCGACAUACAGACAAGCACGGGAAACAGCGACGUGGUUGUGCGUGAGUUGGACACCUCCUCCCUCGCCUCCGUCAGAGCCUUCGCUGCUAAUAUCCUUGCCACGGAGUCCAGACUCGACGUCCUCGUCCUAAACGCUGGCAUCGGAGGACUGGACGAGAGAAGGCUGACUUCGGAAGGACUCGAGAUGACGAUGGCCACCAACCAUUUCGGACACUUCCUUCUCGGCAAUUUGCUCCUCGGGUUGCUGAAGAAGUGUUCUCCCAGCAGAAUAGUCAUUACUUCCUCCGAUUCUCACGGUCAUAUCUCGGGCUUCGAUCCCAAGAAUCUGAACUUCGAAAAGGGAGAGUUCGGACCCUAUCGUUCCUACUGCCAGUCGAAGCUCUGCAACGUGUUAUACGCUCGUCACCUGUCGCACCUGUUGGCUGACACAGGUGUCGUGGCCAAUUCUCACUGCCCGGGUCUCGUGGCCACGGAGAUCUUCCAGAAAUCAGGAGGAUUCUUGGUCGGCAAACUCUUCCGAUUCUUGGCUCUGUUCAUGUCGAAGACGGUUGAACAAGGCGCGCAGACGAUCAUACAUCUGGCAACGGCUCCGGAAACGGCGACCAUAAGCGGGAAGUUCUUCAUGGACUGCAAGGUAUCCCAGGUGGAAUCUUCUUACGGGAGAGAUAAUGCCCUGGCCAAGAUUGUCUGGGAAGAGAGUGAGCAGAUAGUAGGCCUAAAACCCGAAGAAAAACAUUACUGAAUGGGCCUAUGAUGGUACCCAUAGGCCUGGUGGGAAAUGGUCGACUUUCUAACUCGUUCAGUGUCAGUGUAAUGUAUGUAAUUACUAUGUUUCUAUUUUGUAUGAUUGUAUGGUAAUUUUUAUUCUGUUAGUGGAUACUAGACCAGAGACAUUUUUUUUAUAAUAUUGAAAGUUAGAUUAAGAUUAAGGUUAACUGGAAAUGUAAUUAACUUUUAGAAUACAUUUACAGUUAAUGUGAAAAAAAUCUGUCAAAAAUGAUGAUUAAAGGAAAACUCGACUACAAAAAAAACGAAUAGGUUUAGAACAGAAAUACAUUGAUAAUGUGUGAAUAACAAUGAAAUGAAACUCACAUUAAGUGGAAUAAUCAGUCCCAACGUUUCGAAUCAGAUAGACAUCCUCAUCAGAUAGACUAAAAAGAAUCGUUUUAUCGCCCGAUGAGGAGUAUAGUCUUACUCGAAACGUCAGUAAUUCUUGUUCCCUUUUAUUAUAAUUGUUUUAUUUCACUUUAUAUAUGAUUAGGUUUCGGUAAGGAAUUAAUAGCCAUUACCGCAAGCUUAUAAUUCCCAAUGGAUCAAAUAAGAUUUUAGAAAUGAUGUUUGUAUUGCUGGCUAACAAUAAUAUUCACUAAAAACAUGAAUAGGUAGUUUUAUGUUCGAUUUUGAAAUACAUUGUAAUUUCUUAAUAUUGUAUAAUAUUAACCACACAUAAAUAUUUCCCCGUCUC